UGACGCCGACGGUGGCAGUAAUGCAUUCGUCCGUGCUGCAGUCCCACAUCGCAGCUAAUCGCCCGUGCGUUUAAACCUCUCGCUCCCAGUGCCGCACUUCAUGCAUGGAGUUGAGCACGGACACGGUCCUGGCGAGUCUGGAGAUGUCGGAGAUAAAAAGCGACGAUGGGUCGUCGGAGGGCGACGCAUAUUACGAGAGUUUACCCGCGCACGCGUCCCUGUCCACGCACAUGACAGCAGGCGCAGUGGCCGGAGUGCUGGAGCACACCGUCAUGUUCCCCGUGGAUUCGGUCAAGACCCGUAUGCAGAGUUUGCAGCCAGACCCAAAGGCUCAGUACAGCAGCGUGUACGGUGCACUGAAGCGGAUCGUACAGACAGAGGGUUUCUUUCGCCCAUUAAGGGGUCUAAAUAUCACUGUGCUAGGGGCCGGCCCCGCGCAUGCGCUCUAUUUUGCAUGUUACGAGCAAAUCAAACGCAGCCUCAGUGAUGUCAUACAGAAUGGAGGCAACAGUCACAUCGCCAACGGAAUUGCGGGGAGUGUUGCCACUGUUCUUCAUGAUGCUGUCAUGAACCCAGCAGAAGUUGUAAAGCAGAGGAUGCAGAUGUAUAAUUCUCCUUACCGCAGCUUAUAUGACUGUGUAGUGACUGUCAGUCGUAAGGAAGGGCUAGCCGCCUUUUACCGCAGCUACAGCACUCAACUGACCAUGAACAUCCCAUUCCAGGCCAUGCACUUCAUUACCUACGAGUUCAUGCAGGAACGUUUUAACCCCCAACGUCAGUACCGUCCCGAAACCCACAUUUUAUCCGGGGCAGCAGCAGGAGCCGUGUCCGCAGCCGUUACCACUCCAUUAGAUGUGUGCAAGACGCUGUUAAACACUCAAGAGAACGUCGCGCUCAGCUCAGCGCAUGUCAGUGGCCAUCUCACGGGUAUGGUCAACACCUUCAGGACAGUGUACCGCCUGGGAGGCGUUCCGGCGUUCUUUAAAGGAGUCAGAGCGCGAGUCAUUUAUCAAAUGCCUUCUACAGCCAUCGCCUGGUCUGUCUAUGAGUUCUUUAAGUAUUUCCUGACUCAACAUGAGCCGAACUUUCAGGAACUGGGCAGGGCCUCUGUCAAGACCGGCCCCACAUGAGGGUAAUGCUGUUAGGCCUCUCUUAGGUAAAUCAUAACAAAUGAUGAUUCCAAAUAGAUUAUUGGAGAUUUGUGGGUAAAUUUUCCUUGUACAUGGAGGUUGUGGAAGAGGCCUUUGACUCAAAUGGGAAUGUAGUCACUCAUUUUUUAUACAUCGGACACUCCAUUCACCCAUAACCUCCUAUUUUGUUUUGAAACAUAUUAUUUAUUGAAAGAGUUUGUCAUUGUUACAUGAAUUGGGGAUGAAUGGCUAUGGCACACUACUGAACAUCUAUGUUGUAAACUUGAUGAAAAUAGAUAGGAGAAAAGACAGACUUAGUAUUUUCUCAGUAUUUUUCUUUCUCAACUGCUAAACAUGUAGUUUUUAAUCUAAAAUAACGUAUACACAAUAAAUAAAGUCAUUCCCAAAUUCUGUUGCUCAAUAAACAGACCAGAUUUUUUUUUAAAUCAGCUUUUAAUGCUGGAAUCAAAUCUAGCCUUUUGGGUCCAUUUUGAAACGGGCGAACUGAUGUUUUAAACCCCUGAAGUGUCUUAUUAUGUUCAACAAAAAUUGUGUUGUGUAGAAUUUACUCGAUUAAAGUUGCCAGAUUUAAUAGGCGGUGAGGAAUGCAGGUACGGUUGGCUGCUCACUUUUUUGACAUCAUUUUUCUGUCGUAUGGAAAGCAUCAGAUCCGUCUAUCCCUCACAGACUUGCUUUCAUUUGUGUUAUAUUAAAUAUGUCAUCUGCCAUCUUCCGUUAAAUGUGCAGAUUGUGGCAUGCGCUUCUUUAGAUUUCACACAUUCAUUACUGCCAUUUUAAAUUUUCACCUUUUAACAAAUUUUCUAUUCGAUUUCCUUCAUAUUCCCAUUCAAACUGAAUGUGAUCCUAGAUCCUAGAAGUAUUUUUCAACGUAGUAGUAAUUUCUAAAAUCAUAGUGUAUCUUUGGUAAAAUCAUAGCUUUAUCAGCUUCAGCAGUGAGUUUAGACUGGUGAAAGCUUUAGACGUGUUUUAUGUAUGAUAGCUGUUAUUUGUUUUAGAACAGUUAUCAGAUGAUAUAUAACCAAUCUAGCCUAGCAAACAUAGCUAUAAGAUGUGAUCUAUGCAGUGAUUUUCUCUGCUCUUAGGAACCCUACAACAAAGUGUACACUAAACUUCUGCGGUUCCAGGUGAAAUCUGCAAAACCCAGAAUGAAAUCUUUACAGAGUACAUAAGAGGCUUUAGAUGUUGGUGAUGUUCCUCCAUGCCAGUCCAUUUCUCUUUUGUUUCGCCUCUGUGUGAAUCUCUGGAUUCAUUCCAUCCCUUUUUUUCUAGUCGAGACCUUAUAGACAGUGUAAUAAAUAGAAGAAUAAGGAAUCUAAAAGAACGCUUUACGAAAUUGUGCCUUAUUCGUGUUACAAGCAAAGCACAUUUUUGUGUUAAUAAUUUUUUAUUUGCAUGGAUAGGAAGAAAUUUGUUCUGCUUGUGUGAUUUAUUGACUAAGCUAGUACAGUGUGUGUAUGUGCUGAACAUCCUAACAGUCUCAUUUGUUCACACUACUCAAAGGUUUAUGAGAAAUUUGCUCUGGAGUUACGCACAAAAAAUGUAUAGAGUGGCAGAAUAGAAUUGUAAAUAAUGUGUAUCACGCACAUGAGUUGUCAGUUUUGGGGUCAUUACUUUUUAUGGAAACUAUAGCUUUUGUUCAAGAGAAUUCAUGUAUGCAGGGGCUCCUGUUAUCGGACCAGAGGAUAAAAACUCACACAACUCUAAAUCAUUAUGCAGCGUGUUACAAUGGCUGUGUAUUUAUCUAAAUGAAGUGGCAUUUUAGAAGUGUGUAGUUAAAUCGAAAUUACAUCACCCAGCGAAAUUGCUAAAAUAAUUCAAACUGGUUUCCACAACACUCCAUGUAAAUGUCCCAGGCAAGAUUAUAAAGUUGACCUGUUGAAAUUGCAUCUGUAUAUUGAACUGAAGUGUUUUUACAGAACAAAUGACUCACUUCAGCUUGAAUUGAAUGUUUAUUUGCCUAUACAUUCUAGCAAAUAUUGAGAUAAUUGUAGUAUUGCUUUUUUUGUGAUUUUUGAUAGAAGUGUUAAUUUGCUUGAAUAGAUUCGCUGCAUGUCUGUAACCUAUGCAUUUUCCACCGGAUGAGGAUAUUCCCAGUGGUUUUAGCGCUGUGAAUGUGCAGGAGAGAGUUUUCAGUGAGCUGACUGGUUCAGCUGGCAGUGUUCUGUUUGGUCUUUGCCUUUUCUGUAUCAUCUCUCUCUUCCUCAUGCCUUGCUAAUUGAUUCUUUAGCUAGAAGAGUAUGACAUUCCUUUAAAUUCCAUUGGAGUCUCUGAAUCCAUUGAGGUAUUUCACUUGGAGUUUGUUUGCUUCCUGAAUAAAUGUUUAUUGCUUUAGUGUUGCCUUUCCAGUCUUGCCGUCAGACCAACUGUUUUCUGUCCCAGCUAGGAACCAAAGAAUCUUCAUUAAUUCAGUAAAUACCCAUUCAUUUAAAUCUGUUGAUGGGGAAAUGUCGUCAGCAUUGGAAGUGUUUGAUUUUAUGGAACUGUAUAUCCAUGUGUUUUAGACAGGUUUACAAUUGAGGCUUAGCCUAUAUCGUAAAGGCCGUACAAAGCAGACUGCCUGUGUGGCCCUUAAGUUGACUGACCCCUGACAAAUGUCCGUUACUCUUUGAGUCUUUGGCUUCAUGUUGUGCUAUGGUGGAAACCCCAUGGGUUUACUUCUGAGUCCUGCAUUUUCAAAUGCUAUCAAUCUGUAAUUACUCUGCGAAACCAGCUGUUUUUUUAAAUGCAUAUUGUAUUUUAAUCAGUUACAUUAUAUGUCCUACAGCAUGUUUUGAAGCUUUUUCAUUUGGGCCAAUUGUAAACAUUUCCUUUAGACUUUGUAUGUUGAUCUUGCCUUAAAGUGAUCACCUAUAAUGCUUUGUGAAAACAGCAGCCAUAUCCAUGGCUUAUUAAGAUGUGGUCACACACACACCAUGAACAACUUUAUGGUUUACUCGCUUGAUGCGCACAUUGGAUUUUGGAAAAGAGAGAGUGCCAUUUAGAGUACUUUAUUAUUUUUUACAGUGGUGAAAAUAAAAAAUCUAAACAGGAUAUUUUGUGGAAAUGCUGCUACAGUUUGUAACACUGGAGCUGAAAUAAAACAUGCAACGAUCAA